UAAAGAUAGAUGGGCAUAGGUAAAUACGAAUUACAAUUAUUAUGUAUGAUUAAAAAUAAAAUGAUUAAAACUAGCAUAAUGAUAAAGGGUUUCACAAUGCCAAAAGAAUAAUAAUGGUUUUGACAAUAGGCCUAAUUUUCUGUAUGCAACUUCAUUGUAUUAUUUGAUUAAGUUUUUGAACAUAGGUUUUGAUUAUUCAUUUAUGAGUCAGGGAAACUCCCAGUGGUUAACAGCUAACGUUAGACGGGCGUUUCUAUGAAUAACCAUUUAAAAUCUGGGUUUGUUGAUGAUACAAAGAAUGUCACACAAAUAUAAGUAAAAAGGCGUUAAUAGUGGACCGCUAAAAACAAAACGUCGCGUUUUGGUGCGCCGGCGGCCAUCACCAUGGCAACCGACGUCAACAUUUCAGAAACGCUGACGACUAUGGAGACGGACGAGGCGAAUAACGCGCAAAGCGGACGUGCGAUCAAAAACAUCGACUGGAUUCCGUGCAAAGACUUCACGGUCGAGAUCGGAGAGCAACAGAUCAGACAGUAUAUGGACACAUGGGAGAUAGAGACGCCCGGCUGGCUCUACAGCGUGAGGUUUCUCCGGCAGACGGAGCUGGAGUUUAAGACGCAGUUCCAGUACGAAGCCAAAUGGAGCACGCCGACCCCAAGCGCCCCGAUCCCGAGAGCCACGGCCAGCGUGUAUUUCACCAUAGAGAUCUCCAAAGCAAAGCCAAACACUCUGCCCGUGGACGUUCACUUCCUCGUCGAAAGCAAAAGGUCCGAACACAUUCCGGGACAAACGAGGUUCAGGGAGAAAUGGCUGAUGGAUGUCAUUGAGAGCAAGGCUUUGCUGAUGGACACCGUUGACUUUUAAUACUUGUCGUCUACACUCGCUGUUUACAAACGAUCACUUUCAAUGUCGAAUGAUUUAACUUGCGCUUCAUGCGCAAAUACUGUAGCGUCACAAAAAUAUCUCGUAUUUACAACAGCGCGCUGUUUCUGUGUACCGCGAAUUCUCUUAAACGCCAAAUGACUAAAUAAUAGCAAAAUAAUAAAUUGUUAUCUCUAUAUAAAGUGAA